CACUCCUCAUUUUUUACCCAUGGCAGACUUUGGAGAGUUUUGGCUCGUUGCGGCGCCCUGCCCAAUGUCCAAGGAUGAGGCCUUCCGCACCCUCAUGCACAACGCAGGAGAGUUUGCCACUGCAACUCGCUUUAACGUGCCCGAUCUUAAGGUCGGCACGCUCGAUGCCCUUGUUCAACUGAGCGAGGAGCUCCAAAAGCACGAAAUGUUUGCCGACAGCGUUGUGCGCAAGUUGGCACAACUCGUGUCCGAUUUGCUUGCAGAGACGCCCGACGCCGAGCAGGUGCCCAAUGGCGCGUCUGAGAAGCUGUCCGAGAACCUCGUGAUUGGCGACAAGGAUCCUGCGGCCUACCUCAAGAACUUCAACUGGGACACUGCACGAUACCUGACCAAGAGCUCCAUUCCUGAGCUCACUGACACACUUACCAAGCACCUUUCCCAGAUUGAAAACGGCAUGAAGGGCAAGACCUCGGCAUACAACCAGCUCCGCGGCAACCUCCAAGCAUUGGAGCGCAAGGCAACUGGCAACCUCCUGGUUCGCUCGCUCACGGAUGUCGUCAAGAAGGAGCACUUUGUGCUUGAUUCUGAAUAUUUGACAACGCUCCUCGUUGUCGUGCCAAAGGCCAGCUUCCGAGAAUGGGAGUCCUCCUAUGAACGUAUUACCGACAUGGUUGUGCCGCGGUCGAGCAAGAUGAUUGCUGAGGACAGCGAGUAUGGCCUUUUCACCGUGACAGUCUUCCAAAAGAUUGCCAGUGACUACAAAGUUAGCGCUCGUGAGCGGAGAUUCGUUGUGCGUGACUUUGCCUUCGACGAAGCGUCGGUUGAGCAAGGCAAGAAGGACCGGACCAACUUGGAGACGGAGCGCAAGCGACAAUGGGGCGCCAUGAUCCGUUGGGGCAAGGUCAACUUCAGCGAGGCGUUCACCGCCUACGCCCACCUCAAGGCAGUUCGGCUGUUUGUCGAGUCUGUGCUCCGAUAUGGCCUGCCUGUCAACUUCCAGGGUGUUCUUCUGCAGAUCAACAAGAAGACUGAGAAGAAGCUGGUCGACGUUCUUUACCGCAUCUAUGGAUAUCUCGACAAGAGCGCCACCAAAAACGACGAAACUGUGGAGGUGCCCGGAAUGCAUUCCCAUAACCAAGAAAAGUUCCAUCCAUGGGUGAUGGUUCAGCUUGGCUUGAAUUUGCUUGACAAGUAAAAAAAAAAAAAAAAACAAGGAACCUUGGUUGUUUUUUUCAGUCGACCUGUUCGUGGAUUUUUGUUUUUUUCCCUUUUCGUUGUUGCAUGUUCUGCCGAGCUCUCUCUCGAGCUCUCUCUUUCUUGACUCCUCCACGUACUUCGUGUGUGUGAGGGAACAGGGGGAGGGUAGUUGUCGUCGUUGUUGUUGUUGUCGUCGUCGUUGUUUGUCGGUUGUUUCUCGUCCUUGUUUGUAAUUUUCUUGCCUUUUUUUUUUUUUCCUCAAUUCAAUAUAUUCCCUUUUACUUGCUUCGGGAUGCAGGA